UGACUAGUCGCGAGUACUCUCCCUCCCCCAUCAUUCUUCUGCUCACUCUGAGAUCUUUGGAAAACGAAAACGGGAUUUAGCUUUAGCCGCUUCCACCGUUUCGGAGAAUUUUGUCGAGCAACAUGAGUAAACCCAUGGACGAAGAUACCAACCAGGGAAAGACUGAGGAGGAGGAGUUCAACACCGGACCACUCUCUGUUCUUAUGAUGAGUGUCAAGAAUAACACUCAGGUCUUGAUCAAUUGCCGAAACAACAGGAAACUCCUUGGGCGAGUUAGAGCCUUUGACAGGCACUGCAACAUGGUUCUUGAAAAUGUCAGAGAAAUGUGGACUGAGGUCCCUAAAACCGGAAAAGGAAAGAACAAAGCUCUUCCUGUCAACAGAGAUCGAUUCAUCAGCAAGAUGUUCCUGCGUGGAGACUCUGUCAUUAUCGUCCUCAGGAACCCCAAGUGAGUGUAGUCGUGAUGGAUGCUACCCCAAGUGAGAGUAAUCAAGAUGGAUGCUAGUGGUUCCUCUUCAUAUCAUAAUGCUCGCUUUGUCUUGUUAAAAUUCUAAUUGUUGAAUUAACGGUGGAACAUGUUUUGAUUACGAGCUUUAAAUCUAGUAAUGUUGCCUUGUA